GUCCAUGUAUGCCACUUUACUCACCGUCCGGUCGAUCCUAAGCGGACGGCGAGUAAAGUUUCAUGGAUACAGACCGAUCGAUUGAUUCUUGUAACUUGGUCCAAGGAACCAAGUUACAAGAAAACGAAGUGGAGGGGAGUGUGAGUUUUCAUUUUUCCCAGGAUAUGCUAUAAAGGCAGACAUCGCGUCGUUUCGCCUCUGAAGUGUCGGCGCACAAUCUUAUAAUGUUCAAACCGUUUCAAUGUAUGUCCUUUGAUUCUACGCCAGCGCUUUCUCGAAGUAUCUAAGCCAUUUGGUUCGUGAACAUGCUAAAUUUCCGAAAGCACAUCUGUAAUGGUAUCAUAUAUUUCAGUUUCCUAAUCUUCCCUGAAUAUCCCCUCGAUUUCUUCCUCAUUGUUACUAGCACUGGUUGGAAUUGGCAAUAGAUUAGGGCUCUGAGCAAGGCUUUUGAUUGAACCGUGCAAGUCAGCAUGUUCCCGUGACUUUUAGAAGAUUGUAGAGCUUCUUCGGUCAUUGUGGGUCCAAAUCAGAUCGAUCCAAUCACAUAAUUGCAGAGUUUAAUCUCCAGCUUGCGACUGGACUAAUCAACUGGAGGAGCCUGGGAGGAUGGACUGAAGUUUAAUCUCGUGAAGCAGCCAGUCGGAACUUCGUGUUUGGUUGCGGGUGUGAAGCACACUCGACGAAAAUGGCUGCACCACCUAAACGGGACACGCGGUGGGUGAGGAAUGGGCCGAUUAACCUAGGCUCAUUCUCCACCAUUUUUCUGUGCACGAAUCUGGAGAAUAAUAAGAAGUUUGUGGCGAAGACGGUUAUGGCACAUGACCUGGAGCAGAGGACGUCCAUCGAGGUGGAGAGGAGGCUGUACAAGGGACCACAACCCAUCGACUAUCAUUACUUUCCCAAAUACCUUGGGUUCAACCUCGAGAAGCAGUGCAGGGAGAUGGGCAACGUGGACGUGUGCAACCUGUUCCUGGAGUGGGUGCCACGAGGAAGCAUACUGCAAAUGAUGGAGAGGCAGAAGGGGAAUUUGAAAGAGGGCAUCUGCGCGGUCUUCUGUCGUGAUAUAUUGAAGGCUCUGGUGUACUUGCACGGUCAGGGCAAGGUCCACGGGGAUAUCAAGGCUUCCAAUAUUCUCCUGGGCAUGGAGAACCUGAAGCUCUGCGAUCUGGGAUCGGGCAAAGUCGUCGCCGAUGGUGACGUCCUGCUGCCUCCCAAAAGGGGCUGGGAUCCACUCAGAAAGCGAAUCUACACAACCGGCACCGACGGCUGGAGGGCUCCCGAAGUGGCGGACGAGAUCGAGCAACUCCCUCCGUCUGACAUUUAUUCAGUGGGCUGUACUCUGGUGGAAAUGGCAACCGGCGCCCCGCCUCAGAAAGUUCCCAGAAUUUACUUCGCUGAAAAUCCCGCGGACGUCGAUCCUGAAACAGGGUACCGCAGAGCCUCCUUGGACCUUCCAUGCGAAUUUUCCGAUCCAUGUCGACAGUUCAUGGAGGCCUGUCUCGCCCAGCAUCCCAAAGAUCGUCCCACUGCUGCUGAGUUGCUUGAGCAUCCAUGGUUCAAGAGCAUUCCGCUGGUGUACCCUGUGCCCGGUACACAACCGCAGAAGUAGAGAAAGUGUGGUCGUCGUCAUCAUCAUGUACAUUCCGUCGCCGCCUUCAAUGUCGUGCAUUGGUUCCGGAAAUCUGAACCUAUCUGAUACAGCUCGCUAGCUCCUUUUAUUCGUCAAUGAAGCUGCAUCUCCUUACCAGAUAAUGAAUCUAGGAUGGAUUUCUUUUACUCUUUCUCGCGUCCUUGUUCGAUUCAUAUUGUGAGAUACUACAACGUCUGGGAGGGGAGGCUGCUGAGUGCAUUGCAAUACAGUAUCCAUAACACCUUACAGUUCAACGAACGCGUGGAAUUCUGAAGAACUUUUGGGGACUUGAACCAUUUCCCCUCUCAAGCCAAGCAGGCCUCAACAAUAUGGAGAACGCAAAGACUGGCGUUCAGAUCUGUUACAGUACUUCAUAAUCAUAUAUCGAGAUGAAGUUUUUAUUUCGAAAUCAUUCCUUCGAAUGUUUAUACUGAAUCUGCUUUCCCUGUUUGCUUUAUUCGAGGAGUCUGUAUUAUGAGAAUUCACAAUUAAAACUCGUCUACCCCAGAGAUCUCAGAAUUUAAAUUUUGAAGUGUCUCAGACAUCUUCUUUCUUCUGUGUUCCUUCUUUCCCAGAGAUCAUACGAGCCUCGAAAAGUCUAUCAGGAUCGAUCGAAGAUUCUUCCUACUGAUGGGUGACGAAUGACACUCAAAGGAAUUAUCAACGAUGAGAUCGUCUUGACGAGCACCGUAUCGAAAGCCACUGUUCAUCCAGUUUAUAAGAUCGGUCUCCAGAUUGGCCAUGGGACACAUCAAAGCACAGAUAUGUACAGAUACAACUCGGAUCUGCGAAAAAAAUUGGCCUCUAGUACCGGUGUAUUCACAUAUAUUCUUCAAAGCCUGAUCAUAUUCAGGUAGCAAAGACUACAGGAACGCGCCACAGACCAGGCAAGUUUGUGAAGAAUGUUCCCAUCAAUGUCAGUGUUCAUGAAUCGGUGUGACCCUUUCUGCCAUUAAUCAAUCACGCUGGAAGAAACUGAAGGAGUCAACAGCAAUACCGGAGGCGACCGAAGAAAUAGGUAGCCUUAAUUACAAGACUUGGACUUGGAGCUGCUGAAUGAGUUAGGAGCUGCAGCGAUGUGAAUGUCUUAGUCCGCGUUGAAGUGAGCAAGUGUCCAAAACCCUUUGCAACUCAGAACGAAUGUCCCGAUUUCGAAGUCCAGGUCGUUAGUUUGGUGGAUUACCCAAUAAUGUAAGAAGAGUGUGUUUGAAAGUAGUAAUCAGCUACAUAACUUUGACCUCAAGAUAUAUCCACAUUGCAUCGAUUAUUGGAAUAUCAACUGUUUUGUUUGUGUAAAACACAAAUCAAAAGCAGGUAUAUCUGAGUUUUGCUUUUGGAACACGAUGAAGUCUGCUAUCAUAUAUAAUUUGGUCACAGAUCCUGUACGAAUUCGAUCUACACACAACAGAGACUAGGCACGGUCUUGGGCCUUUGUAUGAUGAGGAUGCAAGAGGAAUAGGACAACUGGGUCUGCUGUAGUAGUUUAGAACAUAGACAUUGGCUUCAAAGUAAUAGGUGACAUGAGUACCACCUGACGUGUAUCUUAAUUGGUUUCUUUGUCAUUUUGUCUAUGUCUGUACAUCAUACAGCUUGAUCAUGACCUCUU